AUGGUGCGGCGGAAGACGGUGAUCGAGAGAAUCGAGGACACAACGAGCCGGCAGGUGACCUUCUCCAAGAGGAAGGGCGGGCUGUUCAAGAAGGCCAGGGAGCUGGGCGUCCUCUGCGACGCCCAGGUAGGGAUCCUCCUCUUCUCCAACACCGGCCGCCUCUACGAGUACUCCAACUCCACCUCCGGGGUUAAUUCCAUAAUUGAAAGAUACCAGAAGGUUAAGGAGGGCCAACAAUUCAUGAGUGCGAGCGCUGAGGCUAAGAUGCUCUGGAUGAGAGCAGGGGAAUGGGAACAAGCCAUCAUGCACGAUGGGGUUCGGUCAAGCAAUGAGGCAACUGGUACAAUGAAGAUUGAUGAGGUAGCAAUGUGUGGUGAAUGUAGUAGAGUGAAGAACCGUGAUGCUCUCGUAGCUAGAAGAUUGACUCAGUUGUGGAAAGUGGAGGCAAACCGUCUGAGGCAACAACUACAUAACUUGCAAGAGGAUCAUAGACAGUUGUUGGGACAAAAUCUACCUGGCUUAGGUUUGGAAGGCUUGAAGGAUCUAGAGAAUCAACUGGAAACAAGCAUACAUAACAUUAGGCUAACAAAGGACCAACUUAUGAUUGAUGAAAUUGAAGAGUUAAACAAGAAGGAGAGCCUCGUGCACCAGGAAAAUACUGAGCUAUACAAGAAAUUGAACAUCAUUCGUCGACAGAAUUUAGAUUUGCAAAACAAGUUAAACGGCCAGGUGGAAGUAAAUGAGACAAUUACAAGUUCUUCUAGCCAGUACAACAUUGCUGCUCGAGCUGAUCCAGUUUGUCUGCAAGUCAGCCAUCCCCACCAUGCAGAAAGGGAUGAGCAACCAGAAUCACCAACGCUGUGGUACGGCAAAGUUUAUAUUUUUUCCAAUCUGCUUUGCCUCUGAAAUUAUUAAUCCAAAGUAAGCACAUAAGCUGACAUUAUGAGCAACCUCUCCCUGCAAUGCAUGCAACAGUCUAUGACUACCUGCUGGUGGAUUCAUAAAUAAGAGGCUGCAAGUUUCUAC